AAAUACAUAAUUUUACUCAUAUCUUACUGUAUAAUUACACUGUUACAAAACAUCGAACCAGCUGGCCUCUGCAAAUAUGACGCUUGAGCUUUUCUCAGAACUAGUGUUAUCUUUACUCUGAACAGUAAAGGAGAGUGGGAUAAGAUGUGUCGGUUGUUGUUGUUGUUAUACCACGGUAUAUUUAGAAAGAGUCCAUCAUGCAAGCCUACAGCCAGGCCUACAACAAUUUUUAAAGUCACAAAUUUUUGCCUGUCAAGUGUUUGAUGUAAUUUGCCAGAGAAUGUGUUAACAAAUCAAACAAGCACGUAUGACAGUCAACCAUAAAUUGAAAGAAAUUUCAGUUUUUCUAAUUGUUUCUCUGAGUGCAAACUCUUUAGUUUUAUAGUGUUGUAGGGAAAGAUAUUUUCCUGUAGGGGGCAGCAAUGUCACAGCCAUCGUGUCGUUCUGGCAAACGCAUGUAAAUAAGCACAUUUACUCCACUAUGUGCAUUUCAGAUCAAUUUUACGACACUUAAGUCGUUAUGUUUCAAAUUUGGUAUAUGCUAAGAUUAAAAUGUUGAUUUGAGGUUCCAACAAUGAUUUUGUGUCGUACUGUGAAGCCCCCUAGCGGCUGUUACCGUAAACGCACGUGCGCGUCCCCCUGACGCUGAAACACAACUCACUGACUGCACGCGACCGAGUCCGUUUCUCGUUCUCAACCGGUGCACGGCUCCUUUCGUGACUUAACCUCAUCGGCCGCCAAUGCGCGAACACCAUUAAUCACUUUUCUCAAGGAAAGCCCCCUCGAACCGGCUGUUUCCCGAUGUAUACGUAGCACUUCCGGGUUUCCCGAGGAUCAGCUGUGAUGAUUGAAUGAGCGAACGGAGAGGAGAGAGAGAGCGACUCCUGAAUGCCGUGCAGCCGAUAAUCGUCGCGGAAUAACAAGAGCUCAACAACAGACAGCGUGGCAGGAGGACUCCUGUAAUAGAUGAAGCUGCUCGGAGCUCUUAUUGUAAGCUGCUGCUAUGAGUGUGAAGAUCUGUGUGUGGUGACUCAUCCUGACGGAGUUGUUCUGGAUCUAUGAUUUAACGCAGCUGAGCACGCAUGAACCUCGGAGUCUCUAUCCGGACGGUGUUAUAUUGAGAGAGUGUCGCGCUUUUCUGUAAUCUGCGCGUCUGUCAAGCCUCGCCGGGGCUGGAGAGAGAGAGAGAGAGAGCCAGGCGGGUUUUCACGAUUUAAUGUGUAUUAAAGUGCUGCUGGCUGGACAAUGAAGAAGUUCUUCGACGGCCGACGGGAGAUGGUGAGCUCCGGGACCGCGUCUGGAGCCGCUGCGGGAGGCGGCGCGGGGUCCGGCGCGUUUAUCGGACGCGUUUUCUCCAUUGGACGAUAUCAGGUGACCGCGGAGGAGACUGUGGCGGAGGGUGGUUUUGCUAUCGUUUUUCUGGUGAGGACUCAUCAGGGCGUCCGUUGUGCACUGAAGAGAAUGUAUGUCAACAAUGAACAUGACCUUCAAGUAUGCAAGAGGGAAAUUCAGAUUAUGAGGGACCUUGUAGGUAACAAAACCAUUGUUGGUUUCCUGGACUCCAGCAUCACAGCUGUAGGAUCAGGAGAUGUUUGGGAAGUUCUCAUAUUGAUGGACUUCUGUCGAGGUGGCCAGGUUGUGAACCUGAUGAACCAGCGCUUGCAGACAGGAUUCAGCGAGACGGAGGUGCUGCAGAUCUUCUGUGACACAUGUGAAGCUGUCGCUCGACUACAUCAGUGCAAAACUCCCAUCAUCCACCGGGACCUCAAGGUGGAGAACAUCUUGCUGCACGACAGAGGACACUAUGUGUUGUGUGAUUUUGGCAGUGCCAUUAACCGCUCCCAGGAUCCACAAACAGAAGGUGUGGCGGCUGUAGAAGAAGAAAUCAAGAAGUGAGCUUUGGUUUGUUGGCGGGCCCCAGAAAUGGUGAAUCUAUAUGGGGGCAAAGUUAUCACUACUAAAGCUGAUAUAUGGGCUUUGGGCUGCUUGUUGUAUAAGUUGUGUUAUUUCACAUUGCCGUUUGGAGAGAGUCAGGUGGCCAUCUGUGACGGGAGCUUCACCAUCCCUGACAACUCUCGCUACUCACACGACAUGCACUGUCUCAUCCGUUACAUGCUGGAGCCAGACCCUGACAUAAGGCCAGAUAUCUACCAGGUGUCAUAUUUCGCCUUUAAACUGGCACGGAAAGAAUGCCCAGUACAGAAUAUCCACAAUUCACCCAUUCCAGCAAAACUCCCAGAGCCCAUCAGAGCCAGUGAAGCCGUGGCUAAGAAGAGUCAAAACAAAGCCAGGCUCACCGAUCCAAUCCCUACGACUGAGACAUCCAUAGCGCCACGGCAGCGUCCCAAGGCUGGCCAAGCUCAACCAAUCGCAGGCAUCCUGCCCAUCCAACCAGCCCUCACCCCACGCAAAAGAACCAAUGCACCUGCAGGACCCAGCCAGCCAAUCAGUAUUAACAUGGCUUCCCAGCCUGUUGCCCAAUCGCAGGUUCCUGUCACUCAGCAACAAGCCACACCCACUCCUAUGCAGGCCACUCCCUCUCCACCCCAGACCACACCCCAACAUGCACAGCUUUUUGUGCAGCAGCAAAAUACAUCCUUCUUUACUGCUCAGCAACAGCAGCAUCACUCAACGCAGACCUCCGUCUUACCUGCACAAGCGGUUGCAUCAUCCUCCACCCCUGUUUCUACACAGUCUAAACCUAAGAACAGGGCUCCCCCUCCACCCAUACACCACCCUCAAACCAGCCGCCUGACAACAUUAUCAGCGACUGCACUGACAAAAACCAAAGCGACGGCCCAAGCUCUGCCCGCAGAGUGUUCACAUAGUAAUAGUGUAGAUGCUGAUAUCACUGCGACCGUGUCUGCCCAACCUAAAACCAAAGCUAUGGCACCUCCGCCCCCUGCAUCACAUGCCUCCACCCUUCCUCCGCCUAAAACCGCCUCAGCACCUUCCGCUGACUCUGAAGUGGACCCAGAGCAGAGGUCUGUCAGCGGAAGUCGUGGGGUGCAUAAAGUCGGCUCCUUGACUCCACCCUCUUCUCCCAAGACCGCCCCAAAAGGAGGCCACAGACGAAUUCUGAGUGAUGUUACACAAAGCACCAUAUUUGGAGUUCCUGUGAGCAAGUCCACUCAACUGCUUCAAGCUGCUGCUGCAGAGGCCAGCCUUAACAAGUCUAAGUCAGCUAGCACCACUCCCUCUGGUUCUCCGUGUUCAUCACAGCAGAGUGUUUAUCAGUCAGGGGAGGCUUCGGGACCCUCGGCUGGAGCCACAGCAUCCUGGAACCCCUUUGGCGAUGAUAAUUUCUCUAAACUCACAGCAGAAGAGCUGCUCAACAAGGAUUUUGCCAAACUGGAUGCUAAGACAGCAGAGAGACCCUGUCCUGAAAAUCUGAUUUCUGGGUUGCAGUCUGCGUCUUCCAAUAAAGGCUUUCUCCAGGGAGGAGAGAAGUUGAUCGAGGGUUUGAAGUCUCCAGAGCCCUCUUCCUCCCUGAUCCUCCCUGACCUUCCCUUGAAUGACCCCUUCAGCCCUGCAGACUGUAGUCAUGCUGGGAUGGAUUCUCUGAUCCCUGGUCUGGAUCCUCUACAGACUGAUCCUGGGUCAGCUGCACUACCAGACUCUUUGGUUGGACAGGAUUCUCUUUUGGAUGGGCCGCUUCUCUCCCACCCCUCCACUGGGGGUCUAUUACUGGCCUCAUCCCCCUCAUCUCUCCCUGCACCAUCUAUGGACCAGUUUACCACUACUGCUUUGAGCAGUGGACAGUACCUCCAGGCCUCUGAUCCAGCUCACCUGCUCUCAGUCUUCCAGUCCUCUGAGACUGGGGACAAAAGCUUCGAUAACCAGUUUGACCCAAUUCCAGUGCUCAUCUCCAAUAGCUCCAGCCAAGAAGCCAGAGGCAAGAGUGAUGGAUAUGGAUCGCUUUUGGAGGGAGGUGACCUCGAGAACCCUGUGGAGGAGGGCUGUGUUCAUUCCAGUGAUGAAGACGAUGGAGAAAAAGAAGGGGGGAGGUCACAGGUGAGCGGCGAAGAAACGCCAAGUCUGGACUGCAGUGGCUCCAGACCGUUACUUCAAGACUCGGAUGACGAUGACGACCAAAGUCCAGCAUGUUCCAGAAACCUCCAGAUGUCUUCCCUGUCUGAGGAACCAGUUGAAAACCAGUCCUCUUUGGUUUCUCAGAACCACUCGCCAUCACAAGCCCAACAUUCAGGCUCCGAUCCAAGUGUUGACGUCUUCUCCAAAGCUCCGUUUCGAACCGGACAAGAUGUAGACACCGAUGGGGACGUGUUUGCCAAUGCGCCUUUUCCUCACCUUCCAGCUCAGCCUCGACAGCCUGACAUUUUCAUCCAGGCGCCCUUUGGCAGGAAGAAGGAAGCUUCUGGAAAGGUUUGCACCAAUCCGAGAUUUUUACAACCCCAUCCGGGCUCUUCCCUUGACCAGAGCAUCCUCGGCCAAGUGACCCCUCUGCCCUUUCGCCCCCAGGCACUUUCUAAGUAUUCCAGACACUACGAAGGACCUGUGAACACAGACCCUGAACACAGGCUGAGCGCUGUGACGUCUGAGGUGACCUCUGCUGACCCGUUUGUCUCAGCACCCUUCCACCUUAAAGGCCGUCAAGAUAAACGUUGAGAGAACGGCGUCUGUGAAAACACACCGCACUUACUUUUGCCCCCUAAAAGAUUCAAGCUUAAGAUAAUGAAAUGCUGUAUACUGAGUGUAAUUUAUUCAAGAAUGAAGCACAUUUAUGGCCUCUGGCUGUCUAUCUCUGGGUCAGCGUUUGAUUGUGUGACAUCUUUUGCUACCUCAGAUCAUUCUCAUGCUGUCGAGCUUCAUUUCUGUCCUGUGUAUGGACCAUGUCCACAGAAAACGGAUUCAGCGUGUUGGAUCAUUUUCUAUUAUGAGCAUGAGCUUCAAGAAUUAUUUCCACUAUUAUGAAAUGUUUGUAUUAUUCUCCCAUCCUUUUACUGAUGGUACUUCUCCUAUCACGGUAUACCAGGCAGUUUUGUAUAGCUCAGAUCUGACAGUCACACAUCUUGAAAAAUAAAUAAAUAAACCCGGACACAUUCUGUACAACUAUUGAUAAUAAACUAUAUGUAAUAAGUUUGAUUUUCUCACAAAAUUGUCAGCCAAAAUUCCACUGGGCUAAGAAAAUACCUUGACAUUUUAAAUUAAUUACCUUCAUGAAAAAAUGUCCAGGUCACAUUUCACCCCAAAUGUAAAAGAAAACAGGUUUUAAGCACUAUUAAGAUUUUUUUUAAUUUGUAACUUUUUUUUUCUUCAUGACAAUUUCCCUCCAAAUUCUUAUUACUAUGUUAUGGGAAAAAAAAAUACAGUAGUAUUUUUUUUUCCACCUUUUAUAUAUAUUUUUUUAUUCAGAUUAGCAUAAAUUUAGUACAAGAAUACUACUAUCAUGUAUACUUUACAAAUUUACAUUAUAUUUUUAAAUAAUAAACACUACAUUUUCAUUAAAAAUAGUGUUACAAUGAAAAAAAUCUUAAUGGAUGUAAAAAGAAUCAUUUUCAUUGAAGAUUUUUUUUUUUUUUUUUUUACUUCCUCUUUUGAUUUUAACGGUCAAAUCUGACCUGGACAGGUUAUGUCUGUCAGAUGUAUUAUGUGUGUAUGUAUUUGUUAUAUAAGCACAACUAAAUGUGGAAAGCAUCAAAUUGUCAAACGUUGCUUUAACCAAAAAAAAAAAAAAAAAAACGAAUGUAAAUUAUG